AUGAAGCUACAGUGCAUACUCAUCUCUUUGCUGGUCAACCUCGCAUACGCAGAAGAAUAUUUGGUGAGAUUCAAAAAUCCUACAGCGUUCCAGCAAUUCACAUCAAAUUCCAACAGGUCAUGGAGACAGUUCAUUGACAACAAAAUUGAGAAGAAAUUCUCCAUUGGUUCCUUCCGCGGUGUGACCAUGAACCUGUCCAAAAACUUAGUUAACAAGCUAAAAAAAAGCCCUCUAGUCGCUGAUAUCGUGCCCAAUUUCAGGUUCGAAGCUUUUGAAGGAGAUGGCGCAUAUAGUGUCGAGUCGAGCUAUACGUUCAACACUACUGCCAAAUAUUCGUACGAAGACAUCGACGAAGAGCAAAACAUAACGUUUCAACCAGAUGCACCCCGUCACUUGGCCCGGAUUUCCCGCCACUAUCAACUCCCCUUCGACGUCGGAGACAAGAACCGCUACAAAAGCUGGUUCAAUUACUACUAUGAAGACGACUAUCAAGGCCAGGACGUCAAUGCCUAUAUUAUGGACACGGGCAUCUUCGCGGACCAUCCGGAAUUCGAAGACAGAGUCAUCCAAGGAAUUGACUUGACCAAAGAAGGGUUCGGUGACCAGAAUGGCCAUGGGACGCAUGUGGCGGGACUCGUCGGUUCCAAGACGUAUGGGGCGGCCAAGAGGGUCAACCUCGUAGAGGUGAAAGUCCUGGGCAAAGACGGGUCUGGGGAGGCCAGCAAUGUUCUGAGUGGACUGGAAUUCAUCGUGGAGCAUUGCGCAAAGGUCAGUCGCCCACAGGGCAAAAAAUGCGUGGCCAAUCUAAGUUUAGGGAGUUUUAGGAGCCCCAUAAUCAAUAUGGCUGUUGAGGGAGCCAUUGAAGAAGGCAUUGUUUUUGUUGCCGCCGCGGGCAACUUUAAUUUAGAUGCCUACUGGGCCUCGCCUGCAUCCGCGGAGAACGUUAUCACUGUGGGGGCCUUUGAUGACCAUAUUGACACAAUUGCCAAGUUCAGCAAUUGGGGCCCUUGCGUAAACAUCUUCGCACCUGGUGUGGAAAUUGAAUCGCUAUCUCAUCAGAAUUACAACGACACUUUGAUUUUGUCGGGUACCUCCAUGUCGACGCCCAUUGUCACCGGUGUUGCAGCAGUACUACUCUCAAAAGGGAUCGAGCCUGAAAUGAUAGCACAGGAGAUUGAGUAUUUGUCUACACGUAAUGUUUUCCAUAGAAGAACGUUGUUUUUCAAGCCUUCUACGCCAAAUCAGAUUCUUUACAACGGUGUAGAUAAACUGGACGAUCCAUAUGACGAUGAAACGUUCCCUCGAUUGAACAUAGAGGCAAUUGCUAAGGAAUUGGAAGAGUAUAAUGCCACUUUGCAAACUCCUAUGUCUGAGAAUCUUCAAUCCGGUUCAAAACUAUGGGGUUGGAAUAACGAUGUCACUCUGCCUCUUGGUGAAAUUCGGUUGAAAAGACGUGAUUUUAUGAAAAAUUUCUAG